AUGCGACAAUUGGAUAUUGCUGGUGAACAUGUAACAGAAGAUGAAGUUAAUACAAUGAUUGAUUCUAAAUCAUCGGAAAUUUUCAACAGGCAUGUACGUUCCUCACAAUUAAAAUCAGCAUUUGCUGAUGCAAGUUUAAGACAUAAUGAAAUAUUAAAUUUAGAAGCAAGUAUUAAAGAACUUAAUGAUUUAUAUAAUGAUAUGAAUUUUCUCAUACAUAUACAG